CAGCGAUGGGCGCUACGAGCUGGUGCUAAGAUCGGCUGAGCACAUGGCCUCCCAAGCAGGAAUGAAGCUGGAUGCCCCAUGCGCUACCGGAGGAGGCAAGAAGUCCAAGGAGCAGAGGACUCUCCGACUCAACAUCAACGCCCGGGAGAGGAGGCGAAUGCACGACCUGAAUGAUGCUCUGGAUGAUCUCCGCUUGGUGAUUCCCUACGUGCACAGCCCCUCGGUCCACAAGCUCUCCAAGAUGGCCAUCCUGCUCCUGGCCAAGAACUACAUCCUCAUGCAAGCCCAGGCGCUCGAGGAGAUGAGGCGGCUCAUGGCUUAUCUCAACCAAGGCCAGGCCAUCUCCGCUGGCACCUCCAUCCCCAACUCUGCAGCUGUUGCGCUGCACCCUCACUCACGAUGUGCAGAGUCAGCUCAACGUGGACCGAGUCGCUGAGGUGGGAGACACGGUGCAGGAGACGGGCGCUACUGCUGCUGCUUAGUGUCCCUUGUUCCUCUUCACAUGCUGCUGUCAGUGAAUAGCCAGGGAGGAGAAAUCAAGUGCCGAAGAAUGAAUGGUCGCCCUGUCGCCUUUUCUGAACAGGAGCGGAAGUGGACUUUUUGUGAUUUUAAAGUUUAAUUUGUC